AGAGACUGGGCGUCGUGGCCGUGGAUUGUCUCCCCUAAAAAAGGAGGACGUCGGGGUGAAAAACACUUUCAUGGAUUUUUAGACUUUGUCUAGAAGAGAGGCAGACCAAUCAAGAUGACACCUCCCAUUUAUUGGGCUAUGUUGGUCGGGAUGGCCAUAAUGUUGAUGGGGCAAGGUUUGCCUGUCAAGACUCAGGGCAAUUCUCAAUCCGAUAAGAAUAUCAUGGACAAUAUUACCGUCAGACAAGGAGAGACAGUCUUUCUGAGGUGUACACAGGGGGAAAUUGUCACACACACAGCAUGGCUAAAUCGGUCAAGUAUACUAUAUGCCGGGGAUGAAAAAUGGUCUGUGGAUCCAAGGGUGAGUCUGGUGACACUUAAUCAAGAGGAGUUUACCAUCAAGAUUGAAAAUGUGGAGAUGACAGAUGAGGGGCAGUAUGUUUGUGCUGUCCAGACCAGCAGGCGACCCACAACCAAUAUAGUCUACGUCCAUGUUCAAGUACCACCCAAAAUCAUCAAUUUGUCAAGAGACAUCGUGGUUAAUGAAGGUGCCAAUGUCACCAUUCUGUGCCAAGCCAAUGGUAAACCAGAGCCUUCUGUUAGUUGGAAACUCAUCUCAUCUUCAGGGGACCUUACAACAAAUGAUGAGUACCUGGAAAUCUCUUCUAUCACCAGACAGAGAGCAGGAGCAUAUGAAUGCACAGCUGUAAACGACAUCGACACAGAUACCCAAACUGUAGACAUCACCGUCAACUAUGCUCCAACUGUGUCUGAGGGAAGAGAUAUUGGUGUUGCACUGGGACAAAGAGGCGUGCUUGAGUGUGAGGCUGAUGCAGUGCCUGAGGCAGACUUUGAGUGGUAUAAAGGUGACCGGAGGUUUACCAAUGGCUUUGAGGGCAUGGAGAUUGUUAAUACCGGAUCACUGUCAAAGCUGACAUUUUUCAAUAUGUCUGAUGGUGACUAUGGUAACUACACCUGUGUUGCUGUCAACAAACUUGGGAGCUCUAAUACAACCUUUCUUUUGUAUGUUGCUUUCCAGAAAUGUAAUGAAAUUCACAUCAUUCAUCAUGCAGCAAACCAAUGACCCAAAGCACACUCCCUGUCCUCAAAGAAACGGUACAGAAAGUCUGGUAAAGCAUUGUAAAUAAAGGAUGCAAAUGUUCGAUUAUGUCAAUGAGUCACAGGCUUUGAGUUAUUCUGAGAAAAGGAAUCGCAACAAAAUACCGAAUGCUAUGACCAUCUACCGAUCUAUUUUUAGAAAUAGGAACAGAUCACGGGAUUCGACCCAGAAUGCACGACUCACAAUACCAGGUACAGUUCGGGAAGAGAAUUUAUUCAAUCCAAGGUCGAUACGCAGGCAGGCAGUCCAAACAAGCAACAGUGUCAGAAUCACAAGGCUAAGAGGAAAGGUCGUCAACGAAGCAGGGUUCGGUACACAAAGGAUCAAAGACAUGAACAUGGAACUGUAGGAAUGUGACAUCAGGGUAUAAUGAUUUGGCAAACUAAGACACACACACGCGAAGCUUAAAUACAUUGUCUAAUUAUCCCAAAUGAGGUGCAGGUGAGGAAGCUGCUGCCGAAGGCUGCGGCGCCCGGUGCGUUGGCAUGGCCACACCCCUGACAAAUACAGCGGUAUCUUGACCCAUGCUGCUAUUUUAUUAUGACUUGCGUGCCAAUAUUUAAUUUAAGAGUUCUCAAUGAUUCAAUCCAAUGUCUUUUAUUUUCACAUUUAUCUUUUAUUUUUGUUUUGUGUCACUGAUGUUUUAGUGAUAGAUUUGGCUGACUUUGGUGCAGGCAGUAUGGGUUCAUUUCCCAAACAGUUAUGAUGUGAUGAUGAAUCUCAAUGGUUGUCUCUUUCUGUAUUUGUGAGUGAUGAUCAGUUCGGUGUAGUCUGCCUUCCACUUGAACUAAGCUCGGAUACGUUCCAGCGCUCUGUGGCGGCAUGAUGGGCGACUGGUUAGCACAUCUGCUUCAGAGCUCUAAAGACCUGGGUUCAAAUCUGCCCUCACCUUUGUGGAGUUUGCAUGUUACUCCCAUCCAUGUGUGGGUUUUCUUUGGGUACCCAAGUUUCCUCCCCCAUCCCCAAAACCUGCAUGGUAGGGUAACUGAAAAAUCUAAAUUGCCCAUAUGUGGCUACGCUCUCAUCCAUCGGGGUGAACCCCAAUGUACAGGUGCCGAGCCGGUGGGCAAUAAGGAUAACCACACCUGCUCAGCGCCUCUCACUGUGGGCAACUCCAGAGUGGAACAGAAUUCAACCCCUUUAGAGAACAAUGGUGCCAGACCCCAAGCAGUACGUCGAGGCGAGUCCGACUAUAUCUAGUCGGAACUUUUCGACCUCACACACAUGGUCGGGCUCCUCUGCUGCCAGAGAGGUGCCAUUCCAUGUCCCUAGAGUUAGUUUCUAGAUUUUCACCUCUAGGGCUGGCCUCCAGAAGGGCGCCCCGGUAUACCGCGUCUAAGCAAGGGAAACCUGAAUCCAUUUGUUCUACUCAUCAUGGGGGUUUAUUGAGCCAUAUUUUGUCUGGUGCCUCACCUAGAACGCGCUUCCCAUCAGUAACCCUACCACGGCCGUAAGGCCCUCGACAACUUAGCUUCUAGUACAGGGGUGGCCAACCAGUCAGAGAUGAAGAGACACAUUUUUCUCUGUUAUAGCAAAGAGCCACAUCAUACACAUCAAAGAGCCAUAUAAUACACACGGAUAUCGUUCCCUGCUCAGACACAUACAGUACCUUUGCUCAGCCAGAUUUACUGUAAAUGUCGCACAUCAACAUUAGAAUAAAAAUUGACUCCUACAAAGUACUAAGACCACAGGCCAGCAAUUUAAAAAAAAUAAUAAAAUUGUGUGCUCUCACACAUACAAACUACCAGUUCAACCUAGUCUUGUCUUGUAUGUCACAGUUUUCACCUAAUGCAACACUAAAAUACUCACAUAAUUGGACGUCUAAGUACAACUGUGAAUCUGUAGCCAGGCCAGUGUCAGAUGUUCUCUGUUCAUCAGUGUGGUGGGACAAUUAAAGGUCUGACACCAUUUGUUUAAAAUAGCUGUUUCCAGAGGACACAAGAUUUCAACGAUGUCACCAAGGCAUUUUUUUGAAUAAAUUACCCUUGAAUGUAUAGCUUUUUGGCCCUUCCAC